AUGGAACAAAUUUCUUCAAAUAUUAAAGAAAGUGCCAAGGUUUCUGUUUUGGGUUCAGUUGUGGUUUUACGAGUAGCACUAGGAAAUAACUGUUGGAUAAUUUGUCCUGAAUUACAAACAGAAAUAGAGAUUGAAGUCUCAGUGGGUCGUAUGAAGUUUGUAGAUUUUCCUAUUAAUGUAGACACUAAUCAAAAUAUAAGUAACGAAGAGGAAACAAGGUGCGAAACGAACAUUUUAAGUGAUACUAAUAGUGAUAGUGUUGAGGAUGAGGCAGCAAUUCAUAAUGCAAAUAAUAAUACACUAUGGAUUAAUAAAAUUAUUACUAUUGAUUCUCUAGUAAUUCCUGCUACAAAUAGAU